UCGGCAAUGAGUGCAGACCUUCGCUCGAUCCAUGGCGGUCCUCCGGCUGACGUUGCUAUGGGCGAUGUUGCCCGCCGCCUUUGGCGGCGGACUGAUGAACAGGCUGCUGCUGCGCCUCUUCCGGCUGCUGGGAAUGCCGAAGCGGGAGGCGCUGCAUCGUUCAGUGCGUUUCUGCGAGCAGCGAGGGAUCACCUGCAGGAGGCGGAAGGUGACCUCCCUGAUGUUCCCCAACCGCAGCCUCACAGGCCGCCUGGGUCGGGAGAUGGGGUUGCUGGGCGACUUGGAGCACUUGGACCUGAGCCGCAACCAGCUGAAGGGCCCUCUGCCCCGGAACCUCAACCGCCUGGCGAAGCUGCGUUCGCUGAUGCUGUACCAGAACCGCCUCAAGGGCCCCUUGCCAAACCUCUCCACGUGUGAGGAGCUCGCGGACCUCGACCUGAGCUGGAACCAACUCACGGGGGACUUGGAGAAUCUGCAGGGCCUCGAACUGGACAGCCUGGACCUGCAUCAGAACCAGUUCGUUGGGAGGAUCCCGGGGUUCCUCUUCCGCUCGCGGCGUCUGCGGUGGGUGGCUUUGAGCUCCAACCGCCUCAGCGGCCCACUGCCGUGCUUGAAGAACUUGAAGACUUUGGAAUUCCUGGCCCUCCCGCACAACCGCCUGGAGGGUCCCAUCCCCGAGCUGCCGCCUGGGCUGCACUGGCUGGACCUCAGCCACAACCAGCUGACGGGUCGAGUUCCUUCCAGUCUACGGCUCUUGCACUUGGAGACGCUGAUGUUGGACGACAACCAGCUUUUCGGUCCGCUGCCGGCGCUCGAAACACCGAUGCUCAGACUCCUGCAGAUGGAUCACAACCAGCUGUCUGGGUCGCUGCCGGCGAGCCUCUGCGAGCUCCAGAGCCUUCAGUCCCUGUGGCUCAGCAGCAACCGCCUCAGCGGCCUCAUCCCGAGCUGCCUGCUGCAGUUGAGGAACCUCCGCGAGCUCCUGCUGCACGAGAACCGCCUGGAGGGCGCCAUCCCGGAGCCCUCGAGGAGCUCCGAGCUCACCGUGCUGGCGCUGCACCACAACCGGCUCAAGGGCGUGCUGCCGAACCUCGCCAGGCUGCCCCAGCUCGCCGUGUUCACGGCGCACAGCAACUUCUUGUGGGGCCGCAUCCAUCGGCUGAACCUCACCACCGGUUGCUUGGACAACUACAAGUAUGUGUCUCCAGACAGCUUGCCUUGCGAGCGCUUGAAUCCGAGCUGCCAUGGACACGCGCUCUUUGCAUCUCAGGCAGAGGUCUUGGGGAACUGCCCAAAGACCUGCGGCGCCUGCGAUACUUACGGCUUCCGCACCGCCCGCGUCACGCUGCACCGGAACCGCUUCAGUUGUGACCCAUCUCUCGAGAUCUCGGAGGUGGCAGUGCAGGCUACUGCGGUGAUGGGCAACAUGCUGGGCAGCGGCCGGGAGAUGGCCGCGCCCUGGAUCGACGAAGAGGAGCGCCAGGACUUCCUGUACUUCUCCGCUGCGGCCCGGAACGGGCGGCAGCAGGUGCUGGGCGCGGCGCUGGUGGCGGCCCUGGCGGCGGUGCUGCGCGGGCGGUGGCUCUGGCGCCAGCUCCAGGCGGACGCCGCCAGCGCCGCGUCGCCCGAGGCGAACGUGGUGAGGUCCUCGAAGCAGGUGCUCUGCGUCGCCGUUUGCUCGGCGGGGCUGUGCUUCGCCACGCUGCCGGCCUUUCUUCACGGCGCCAGGUACUACGAGUGCGGCCAGCCCUUUGCGAAGGCCACUGCGGCGUACCUGGCCGACGCCCCACAGGCGGAGCUGGCGGUGGCUCUGUCCUGGACUUUGUGCGCGCUGCUCUUCGCCUUCGCCAUUAAGGCCAUCCCCUUCGUGACCGAAACGAAGAAGGUGGCCCUAGACCUGAGGCUGCGAGUGAAGAGGUGUGGCUGGUGGCUGCUGUGGCUGCUCCUGGUGGUUCCGCUCUUCUCCUUCCCCUCGAUCCUCUUUGCAGUGGCCCAAUCGCUGCCCAAGCAGCCGAAGAUCGCCAUCUCUACACGGGCGCUGAAGAUCAUCCACCAGGGCGCGCCGCACCUUGUCGUCUUGCUGGACAUGGCCCUGGCACACCGGGUGGCACAGAAGUUCGCCGCUUUCUCCUCGAUCUCUUCAGACCGUUUGCUCAUGUCCUUGCGCCUCUGCUCUGCGUGGCUGCUGUCCUUGCUCACCACCAUGGUGCUCCACGAGAAUUGCAUCGGCGGGUGGAAGUGGUUCUGGCACGUCUGCGACAAGUCCCACCCGGACCAUGGGAAGUUUCAUUGGUACAUCUACGGGGAGCCGGUCUUGGACACAGACAGGGACAUGUGUCAGCUGCACAGCCGUUGGUGGAGCGAGGGCCGUUGCUCCCGCGCCACCAUCGAGGGUCUCGCGCCCUUGCUGCUCAGCAAGCUAUUGAACCGGAGCCUGGUGCAACCGCUGAUCACUUUGGCCACGUGGCGCUUCUCACGGCUGCAGCCUGGGCCCGAUCUCGCGAGAGGGCGACACCUGGAGUUGCCCUUCAAGCGCACCUCCGGAUCUCUGGACUCAACGCGGCAGCACGCGCUGCUCACGACGCUCCUGGAGACCAGCAUCUUCUGGGGUCCUCUUGUGCCAUUGGUCAGCGCCUGCGUGGUGAGUGCCAUGAUCGCCAAUCUGCUCCUCUUCCGGCACGGCACGGAGGCGCUGGGGGUUUGCCUCAGCAGCGACGCCGCCAACUGCCGGGCCUCCGUGUCCAAGACGUACCUCGCCGCCGUGCUGCUCGCCUCCUGCGGCUUCCAAUGUUGGCACUUCUGGAGCAACUCGCUCUGCGGGUGGCCGCUGCUGGUACUUCAGCCACUUCUGGUCUUGCUGGUGCUGAAACUUCCAGUGCCUGCCAAGCACCUAAGGUCCUUACCAGGCGUGGAGAACUGGGUAGAGCUCCCAGCGAUGACCUGAAGGCGGUGCGGCGAGCGGCGAGCGGCUAGCGCUUCAGGCUUCGUUCCAGCCGGCGAGAUGUAAGGAGGCAGCCAAGGUCGAGGUUGGGAAAUCGAGGCCUCGACAUGGGGGCCGCUGGCCCGGUCCGCAGGGGCGAGAAGAAGGCGGCGUCGGACAUCGGAAGGCAGCAUCCUGGAGAAUGGACGACAAGCAGAAGUGAGGGGCAGUUGGAGCCAGCUUGGAGA